GGGUGCCUGCAGGCGUAGGGACGUAGGGGGCGCAGAUGGCACUUUCGAAAGCCGCUGCCAAAAAAGACAGCAGAGCAUGCGUCCUGGCCUUUGUCGGCAACUACGAUUAUCUGGGGGAAAACAAGAUCAAAGAUGAUGUGGUGAAAAAUGAUUAUGAGCUCAUCAAGAAGGCGGUUCGGUCAAAGUUUGGAGACCAAAAUGUCAAAAUCGUGCCGCCGAUCUAUAAUCUGACGGUGAAGGACAUGUCCACGUUCGUGAGUGACUGGAAGAAACACCUUCAGAAUUACAUCAAGAAUGGAGAUAUGGUUCUGGUUUGGGUUGAAGGACACGGCUUCACAGCAGGGGGUGCCUCGCUUCUGGUCCCUGUAGAUGUCGACCUUGAGGAGCACUUCGGCGAGUGGGAGCAAUCUUCGCGCCUGAAACAUCUCAUUAAUGAGCUUCAGAUCCUGAACAAGGAAGGAGUGAAUCAUGUGGUUUGGAACCUUUGCCGCGAGUCCAAGAUUGACGAUGUGCCGCUCAUGGACAAUAUGGCGAUUAAGGGGUCAAACUUCGUGAUCUUGUUCGGCUGCCAAGACAAUACAUUAAACUCUAUCGGGAACAACUCGGUGAUGAAGGAUGGGGCUGCAAUAAGGGUGUCAAACGUGGCUUAUGCCUAUGCCCAAGCCCUCAAGGAGGAGUUGACCUUGCUUGAGACUUGCCGAAGAACACGAAACCUGGUCAUGAAGCUGACGUCAAAUCAUCAAAUCCCCCAGACCCUUGAGACCCUUACAGAGCCUCCCAAAUCGUUUGGCUUUCUCGGCCUCCUUGGGCAGUUCAUGUGGAACGUUGUUCUCAAGCCGGCUGUCAAGGUUGUGGCGCAUGCUGGCCUGGACAUGGUGAACUGGGGUGCACAGCAACUAGUCCGUGCCGGACAUGAGGCAGUUGACAACUUUAGUUUCUCUGCAGGCGGCGAUUCUGUGGGGCCUUUCCUUCUGCAGCAGCUCUUUGACAUGCAGCGGAAAACCGGGUUGACUUGCUUGGAGUUUGUCCUUCCGGACAUCAACCAUGUUGUGGACUUCAAAGCUCCAGGAGAUACCCACAUGCCAAAAGGAGCUGCAGCCUGGAAUAUCAUUCACGCAUCCACGCCUGCAGUGCUACAGAUAGUGGAUACCUUCUUCUCGGGACCUGUGUCUGAGUCAGAUCAGAGUCCAAAUUUGAAAGGUAUGGACUUGACAUUCGCCUCUGGAGAAAAGAUCCAUGUCGGAUCCCAUGGGCCAAACCCAGGUGGCACCUGGAAUGUUCCAAGCACUUUGCCGGGGAAUUUCAGUACCUUCCUCGAAGGCACGAAGGGCUUCCAGGUCUGGGACCAGGGGCAGCAGCAAGUUCUCUUCCAAGCUGGUGGAGAUCAGUGCUCGAACACCCGCACCUACAACUUGACAGGACGCAGUCUCAUGGGUUUCGUCGUUUUGUGGGGCGCUGACAUUGACUUCCUGGCUCCGAUUGUCUUGAAGCCUGGACUUCCACCAGAGCUGCUCCGGCUUGUCUUAGGGCAGGGUCCGGCUUCCAGCUGAAAGGCUGCCGCGACAAGAUCCAAUGCAUUGGCUGAAAUCUUGGGGUCUGUAGGCACUCCAGCUGUUUGAAUUUCUUGUACAGGGUUUUGGGCAGCAAUGCGCUGCAUCAGCCAGUCAUAGGAUAUGAUAGGACAGGAAUUUUGACCGACAAAAGGAUGUCUGG